GUUAGACGUCAGUGUCAACUGUCAGCCAGACGAGACGAUUUGCGUGAUUUUGUGUGCGGUGAAAAGCGGAGUUCAUUUUGUUUUAAAAGAUAACCUUAUUCAUCGUUAAUAUAUAUUUAUUUAGCCGUCUGGGCUAUACAUUGUAAUACUGUCUAAAUUUUAUAUUUAACUAGAGAUAGAUUAAUGACGAUGUUUGCUGUAUUCCCUCGACGUCUGUACUUCAUUUGUGAAAAACUGCCGGUGCCUGUUCGUCUCUUGAGAAACCGAAGUCGCAGACUUGAUGGCGGCGGCUCUAAUCCUGGCUUAGAUAAUAGAUUGACUGCAUUUAGAGAAGAAGGCAUUAAAGUACAAGAUGACGAUAUCGAAGAAUUUAUGGAACAGUCGGAUAGCAAUUUUUUCAAUGUUGGUGAAGCUUACAAUGCGCAUUUAAAUGAAACACUGAUUGGUAAACAUCAAUUAAAGUACCAAAUAGUAAAAGAUAAAUACUUCAAAGAGAACAUGCCCAAUUUGCUAACAUGGAGUGAGAAGGAACAGAUAAGGCAUCUAGCUGCUACUCAACCAGAUGAAUGGACACCACAGAGGAUAGCUGAAAGUUUUCCUGUUACUGAGCAUGUUGCUAAGAAACUAUUGAAAUACCCUUGGAAACCAGCAACGGAAGAGAGAAUAGCUCGCCACGAUGCAUCAGCCAUGAGAAACUGGAGAGAACUAAAAGAGGGGACUUUAGAUAUACCAGAAGAAUUGAGGUCACACUUUCUCAAGUUCUCAGAAAGAACAAUACCACCACUCAAUAAGAAAUCAAUCAAAAUGGAUAUUUCAGAAAAAAAGAUGGGAGAAUUUGAACAAAUUAUUCAGAGGUGUGCAUCUAAUGAAAACAAUAAAAAUGAUUCAAAUAACUCUGAAUCUAGCGAGUCAAAUACAGAUGAAGAAACUAAACCAAUAAAGAAGGACUGGAAAAAAGUAACAUUAAAUGAACUAGCGAGCACAAUAAAGAAUAGAUUAGAUAAAGGUAAAAAUGUAAAUAUACCAGACAAAAUGAUUGUAGAAUCAAUUAACAAUGAGCCAAACAAUAUAAAUACCAACCAAGCACAUAAUACAGAAAUUGAAUUAUUUGAUGAGAAAAAAGAAAAGAAUAGCGUAACAAAUUAUAAGGAGGAAGAUGAUAAAGUUGAUUUGCCUGCAAGUUAUCCAGAAAGAAUAAGAAUACCAAAGAAAGCUUAUCAAAAAGGUGCAACAUACAAAGUUGAUGAUUGCUUUUAUGAUCAUGAUGGGAGGUUUUUAUAUAGAGUGAUAGGUAUGACAAACACUCAUUAACAAUAUACAUUGUACAUAGUUUUAACUUGACUGAUGACCUUUGAUGAUUGAGUGUCACUUACCAUACAAACAAUAACUUGUUACUGAUUAUCAGAAUAGACAAACCAAUGGCUGUUGAUCACAAAGUUGGUAAGUGUAGAAACACACCCAGCCAGAGAAUUUACUAACUUUGACGUUUGUUAGUAAACAAUUGAACAUAUACGUAAAUUUCAGGUCCACUCUUGUACAUCAAUAAAAUUUUAAAAAUACAAAUCUUUUUAUUUAGUUAAAUUUUAAAUUAAUAUCUAGAUGAAUUUUAUUUAGUUACAUUUUAAUUUAAAAUCUAACUAAAAUAAUUAAUUACAACCCAAAUUUUUGUGUUUUAUUAUCAAGAUGACAAAAAAUUCAUGUUGAUUUGACGUUUGCUGUUGGUUGCUUUAACAACCGACAGCCGAUCAAUCCGCCAUUAUUACCCAUAUUAGUGUUGCAUUUCUUGGGAGAGAAUGAAUAUUAUUUCGGAAGAAUUAAAGUAAAUUCGUAGAUUUGUAUAAUCAAAAAUAGUUUAAAAAAUAUUUUUUUUAUUUCCGCCAGGGUACAAUGACUGAUCCUGGGCUCUAUACAAUUUUUGACCACCUCCUUUACCAACUAGACUUGCGUAACACGAUAAGUUUGCGCGUGGCUAAAAUCGGAACUAAUCAAAAGUUUCUAUCUCUAUCUAUCUCUUGGCGGGUAAAAGAGAUCACUAACGCUGGCAACGUACUCGUAAUUGCGCUGCCAGUCGCACGUAGACUUAUCUUGCGCGCACUCUAGCUAUUAUUAGUAAUUCUUAAGUCAAAUGAUUUCGUAUUCACUAUUCAUUUAAUGUUAACUUGGCCUGUAGGAAAAAAGGAAGACAUUGUCUCUGAGCAAUGUCAAUAAGAUAAAAUAUAGGAUCUAAGAAAGAAAAUAAAACAUUUCAAUGAAGCAAUAUAUUUUUUUUAUAUAAAAAUUAUAUCCAUCUCAUUAUACUCGUCGUUUACAAUAAAUUUUAAAUAAAACAAUAAAAUGGAAAUUAAUUUUAAUACAUUGAAAUUUAUUAUUGCAUGUCUUUUUAAUUACCUUGUACAUGAUAUAAAUCACUUCAAAUAUUAUAAAAAUACUUCUAGGCGACUAUCACCAUUGUACAU